AAAGCGCUCCUUCUUCAUUUUCCUCAAACUGCAUCCCAAACUGUAUCCUUCAAGCAAAGUAUCUUACAAACGAUGUGUAAGGAUCCGAUGGAGAGCAUCAACGUUGCGGUCACAAAACAAACUCAAGGUGUGUUGUGUUGAUCCGACCGACAGAAGCUAGCUAGCAUCAGAGAAGGUGUCAAGCACAGUAAUCCAGGAGCUCCAACUGGACCUCUACCUUGUUUUAUUUUUCUAUUUUGCCAGGCUUGAACGCUACGAUGAUGCUUGCUUCUCGCCGCGUUGCUCAGCAACAUGCCGGAAAGGCUUCUCGAGCCUUUGCCUCGACGGUUACAGGGACUGCCGGCAAACAACAGUCCACCGGUGGAAACAACUCCCAAGAUUCCUACCAUGGUCCCAUGGCAGCGUUGGGAGCCGCUCUUUUUGGAGCUGCCAGUGCUGGGGCUGUUACCAUGAUGGAGACAAAGCAAAAGCUACCCAAGCAAAAGUACACUUCGCCGGAAACAAUCCCCAUUGUGGGCAAGGAGAGCCACCACAGUGAUUACAAUGACCCUCCUCCUCGUCCUGAUCUUCCAACUUUCAAGUUGGAUGAUGUGGCCGAACACUGUGAUGAAUCCUCGCUUUGGUUCACCUUUCGAGGCGCCGUGUAUGACAUGACCUUUUUCCUCAAUGGACACCCCGGUGGUACUCCUCGUCUUUUAAUGGCAGGAGGACAAGAUCUUGAACCCUACUGGGAAGUGUAUCGUCAGCACUUUCGUGGCCAUGUUGUUGCCUGGAUGGAACGCCACCGAAUUGGAAAUCUGUCUCCCGAAGACGCCAAGAAGGCAGCCUCUAUGGACUUUGGAGACAUGUUCGAGACAGAUCCUAUCCGUGAUCCCAACCUCUUGGGAUGUACCAUCAAACCAUGGUGUGGAGAACCUCGCAUUGAGCUUCUCACACGGGACUACUUCACUCCCAAUGAGCUUUUUUAUGUGAGAAACCACCUUGCCGUGCCCGACAUUGACGUGGAGGAUUACUGCCUCAUCGUCAAGGGAAAGGGAGUCAAGAAACACAAGUUCACCUUGAAGGAUCUCAAAGAAAAGUUCCCCAAGCACGAGGUUGUUACAACCUUGCAGUGUGCUGGAAAUCGUCGUGAAGAUAUGCACGAUGACAACCACAAGAUUUACAUUGCGCCCCACUGGGUUGUGGGAGCCAUGAGUACCGCGAAGUGGGGAGGACCCAAGAUCCGUGAUGUCCUCAAGUACUGUGGCAUGGAUGUGGAUGCCAUGGCUCUUGGCGAGAAGACCCCUGACAACAUCAAGCAUGUCCAAUUUGAAGGAUACGAUAUUGAUGAAACCGGUCUUUGCUAUGGAGGUUCCAUUCCCAUUGACAAGGCUGUGGAUGGACUUGGUGACUGCAUUUUCGCUUACGAAAUGAAUGGAACUCCACUGCCCAGAGACCAUGGAUACCCAGUAAGAGCAAUCGCUCCUGGACAUGCUGGUGCUCGGCAGUGCAAGUGGCUUCACAAGGUCAUUGUCAGUGACAAAGAAUCGCAGAAGUCCUGGCAACAGAAGUCAUACCGUGGAUUUGCUCCGGACAUCAACUUUGAAGAUGACCUUGCCAACUGGCCUCCUCCAAGGCUUGACCAGGCACCUAUUGUGCAAGAAAUGCCCGUUCAGUCCCUUGUCUGCAACCCCCCACAGAACUCUUUGUUGGGAAUGAAGAACGCAACAGACAUUGAAGUGAAGGGUGUUGCUUGGUCAGGUGGUGGCCGUAAGAUUGAGCGCGUGGAUGUGUCUAUCGAUGGAGGAAAGAACUGGACAGCUGCUGAACUCUACAAGCCCAUUGAACAGCGCCGUAACCGCCACUGGGCCUGGACCCAUUUCAGCAAGACACUCCAAUUGCCAGAGGAGGUCCAAAAGAAGCUCGCCAAGGGGCAGCAAGUGACCUUGGAUAUCUCUUCCAAGGCGAUGAAUUCGGACUUUAAUGUCCAGCCCGAGAGAAUGGAACCUUACUGGAAUGCUCGAGGUGUUUGCAUCAAUCACUGGUACCAUGUGAAGACGACUCUUGAUCCUCACCGCGAAAAGGGCACAAAGGCCCACGACAACACUACAGAUGAGUUCGCCAAUACUCCUUCAGGUGGCAAGUUUGCUCAAGCCUGGGGCACCCACGGAUGGACGAUUGAUCCCCAGCAUCAGUCCGACCCGAAGGCAAAUGUGGCUCCCGAAGCAAAGCAUUUCUAGGUUGCAUGACGAAAUCGAAACGAAAGAAAAGAGUCAGCUCUCUUUGUGGUUGGAUGAGGAAUAAGUAGGCUUAAAAUACAUGUUAGGUCACAGCUGAUUAUUAUAUAUGAGUGAUAGUGACGUGCGUGAGUAAUGAAAUAAUGCGAUGGUAACAAGGUGGGGCAGUUGAUUGCAAGAGCCAUGAUGGAGUAUCAUAGAGUACAGUCGUAACAACUUCCAUAGAUCGUUGGCAAAGCAUGGUGGGGUGUCUGACUGGGAUUAUCUUUCUCAGCGGCGCUGUUGAGACGAGCUUGCUACGGUGUAUUCUCUGACUCGGAUGGUAGAAUUUCAGAAUGACGGUCAUGGAUUCUUCUCGUAGGGCGAUUGCCCCCUUGACAACGGCUGGCCGCAGUAUUCGUGAUGUCCUUGAAUGCAACUGCGUCCACCCUGUCUGUGAAGGGAGUUGAAUCGCGGGAGGGAGAACCUAGAACCAAACUGUUGGACCCUGAUGGUUGCGUCAUGUAGCCUUCGCGCUGUCGUCUUGUGGGGAAUUGCCAAAGCUCGUCGGCAUUGUGUCGAUUCUUCCUCAUCGGGGAUGUCAUCGAGGGUGAUACCGGCACAUUUUGUCGAAUAGGGCGGUUCAUGGUCCUUAUCUAGCUUCUUCUUGGCAAAAUGCGCUCUCUAGAGAUCUCUUUUGGGAAUCAGCAAAUUUCCUUUUAUGAGACUUGUACGGUACUAGCUAGGAUUGGUUUGAGCGAUUCGGAACCAUCACGCCGCCCAUCAUCGAAAUGGUUCGGCCCGAGAAAGAUGCUACGGACGCCGCUUGGUUUCGAAUGAUGAGACCGGAGUGAAAUCGUUACGAGGAGGAGUUGUUCGUGUUGAAUGUUUGGAACCUUUCGUGGAAAGUGCGUGCCUUCUAAAAGGAGGACUGUUCUGGCCUUCCUGUAUCUGACCCACGUCUCUUUGUUCCUUUACUCCGCUGGAAAGCUACAAAGAACUUUCAGGCCGAACCGAGAGGUUGCCAUGGCGAGGAAAGGUCGGAGUGUUUGCCAACCAUGUUUUGUAGCUUUGAAGCCGUCAAGGCUGUCACAAUAUGGAGUUGGACCGUCGGGUCUGAAGACACCCUGUUGCUGCAAACGAGCUGCUGCACAUGUACUAUCUCUAGCUAGUGUACUUCUCUCACUCACUUUUAGAUGAAAUAUUGCUGUUGCAGCAAGCAAAUACAGGUUUCACGCCGGUAGAUGUUCGAUUCCACCAAAAACUCCAUCAGGCUGUCAAAGUUUCUUUAGUUGGCAAGCAAACCCAUGUUUGUUCUAGCUAGAAAGGCAGCACGGGAGCGACAUGCAUCUACAUGUACUGCAGUAGGUAGCUAGAUCUAGCUAGCUGAGGCGAGGGCGUGGGCUUCUCGUUUCUUGGUGGAUUGAAGAAGCUAUUGAACAAUCGAGCACGAGGCAUAUUUCGGCAUCGUCAUCCCGUGGGAUGGUCUUCUACCCAUGUCUUCAAAGCCAGCUGAUUUACAUUACACAGGGGGCAAACCGGUCCCUUCAAAACAAGAAGUUACCUGGCUCGAAACUGGUCUUUUUGAAAAGUGUUCUGUAAGCGCAAUCCAGGGUCGGGAUGGCGCUUUUGGCAUUGGUUUAGACUUUCAAUCCUGGGUGGCUGGGCAUGCUC